UACAGGAUAGGUCGCUGACUCGAACAUCGUUCCCUGUUAUUGGGCAUCUGCUGGAAGAUGCUUCAAGCAACAAGUCACUCCGUCCAGCGCCCAACCUUAUCUACCGCUACCAGUCCACUACCUCUAGGCUCCAGCCGCCAGAGCACCGGAUCAGGAUUUCCUUUUUCUUUUCGUUGAGCGGAUGGCCAUGGAGGAGGGCGGCCUGCGCGCGAGCAUCCUCGUCAAGUGUCUUUGUCUGAACCGGCGAAACCUCCGGUGACAGAAGGGGCAGUUCGAGAGAGGGACGAGACUCACAGGGGAUAGGAGUUGUGACUGACCAAUUAAUCAAAACGCGCGAGCGCGAGCUGGUGGUUGGCACAGUAGAUAGUACCAGCUCUGACCAGGGCCUGCUUCGCCCGAGUAUCAUCAAUAGGGGAAGAGCUGAUCAUAAACUGGAAACUGUGAUGGCUGUGAUCUGGGGACGUCGACAUAAAAUUAAAUAAGUGCAGCAGCAUUAAGCGUCUUGUUUCUUUCCACUGAGAAUUUGGCCAGAACAUAUAUAGAGUUUAGAUUGUUGGACUUGUAUGGGAAAAUCACUGAAUGAGCUGGCUUGGAUUUACUCUUCAACAACAAUGUUUACACUGAUACAUGGUCUUCUACCAGGACGAUGCAACAACAAGCCAUGAUGGUGAAGAAUCACACUCUCUACUGGAAGUAUCUCAACAGCCAGAGCUUAAAUGUACAAGUUCCGACUGGAAAGCACCUGCAAUUAUUCUCGGACUUGAAUGCUUGGAGAGCAUGGCUUUCAAUGGCAUCGCCAUGAACCUAGUUGUGUAUAUCCGCUCAAUUCUCCAUGGUGGCAUAGCCUCAAGCGCUUCAACUGUUUCUCUUUGGUAUGGUACAAGCUACUUUGUGCCUAUACUUGGAGCCGUCAUAGCGGACACAUACUGGGGCAAUUACAAGACUGUCCUGAUCUCCUUUAUAAUAUACGUACUUGGCGCAGUAGUCAUUACAGUUGGAGCUUCUAUACCUUCUACUCCAGUGUUAUGCAACUUCAGCUCAUGCCCAUCACCAGAGGGAACUCAAAAUGUAAUUUUCUUCUCGGGUUUGUAUCUAACUGCUGUUGGUUGUGGAGGAGCAAGAUCCACAUUGCUUCCACUUGGUGCAGACCAAUUCAACAAUGAGAACAGUCUAGAUAUGCAAAAGAGAAGAGAUUUCUUCAGUUUGUUUUAUAUCUGUGCCAUCUUUGGUGUGAUAACUUCAGGAACCAUUGUGGUUUGGGUUCAGGAGAAUGUGAGUUGGGCUAUAGGAUAUGGUAUUGUCACCACGUGCAUAGCUCUUGCUCUGGUAGGCUUUGUGGUCGGAACACCAGUACUCCGGCGGCGUGAGCCCAGUGGUUCACCAGUAAAGAGUAUUUUACAGGUUAUUGUUGCUGCUUGUAAGAACAUGAGCUUAGAGAUCCCUGCUGAUAGCUCUUUCCUUUAUGAGGCGACUAGCAAGAAUACACACGACAGCGAACUCAAACUUGCUCAUACUGAUGAUUUCAGGUUCUUUGACAGAGCAGCUGUUAUUUCUGAUCUGCGCUUGGACAACACCAGUUGUCAAAGUUCAUGGAGGAUCUGUACUGUAACUCAAGUUGAGGAAUUGAAAAUACUCAUCCGCUUGUUUCCAGUAUGGGUAACAGGAGUAUUCUUUGGUGCUGCAUUCUCACAAAUGCAGACUACCUUCAUUCAGCAGGGAACUGUGAUGAACACCAAGCUUGGCUCGUUUUCAGUUCCACCAGCUUCCUUGUGUUCCUUUGAAGUGGUAUUUGUGACGCUUUGGGUUCUUGUUGCGAACAAAGUCAUUGUACCAGCGACCACAUGGUUCACAAGUGGAUCAGAGCUAACACAGUUGCAGAGGAUCGGGAUUGGGCGUGUCCUGAUGUUUUUCGCCAUGGCACUAGCUGCUAUUCUAGAAACGAAGAGGCUAGAGAGUGUCCAGCAUGGCGAGUUAUUGAGCAUCGUGUGGCAGCUCCCACAAUACAUCUUCAUCGCUGGGGCAGAGUGCUUCGGCUUCAUCACUCAGCUGGAGUUCUUCCACGGCCAGGCACCAGACUCCAUGAAGAGCAUAUUGACGUCGUUUGCAUACCUCACCCUCGCUCUCGGUAACUACUUGAACUCAGCUAUGAUCACCGUUGUUACAAGGGUGACUAGUGCAUGGCAUGAUAGCCCUGGAUGGAUACCUGAUGAUCUGAACGAAGGGCAUCUUGACUACUUCUACUGGUGCUUUGCAGCAAUCUCAUUUGUAAAUUUAAUUGCCUACAUCUAUUUCGCUAGGAAGUACAAAUUAAAGAAAAUUGUCAUCCAGUGCUAAAUCCCCUUGUAAUGAUACCAAUUCUAAGGGUUUAUAAGCCACAUAUCUAAUGAAGUGACUUUUUUUC